CCUUUCGGUGCAACCAAUCCUAUACCUAUUUACUUUAACCCAUGACAAAUAUAAUUUGAUGGUGCAAUUUUACCUAAUGUCGUAAGAGAUCCCUAAUCAAUCAUUAAACCACAUAUUAGACUCAUUUAUUUCGGUUAAUCCUCCAAUUUUUCUUGUCAUAAUUGAAUGGGACUGAAAUGAGAUAAAAAAAAAUUGAGUUGUUAACCAUUAAUAAUUAGUAGUUUCUUUUUUCCUUUGUCUUUUUCUUGAUAGUGAUUGUUUUCACUCUCUCACAACCUUAAUAUUCCCUCCAAUGCUUCAAAAUGCACAGCUCCAAUCAUAGCAUCUACUCAAGCUCAUAAUUGUUCUCCCUCAAUUAUCACCAUCACAUUCUCCCUCUUUUUCUCCAUAUUUCUUAGUUUUCAACAAUGGCGGUCGAUGUUUACUCUGAAAAUUUUGUAGGUAUGAUUAGUCCUAGACUUUCAUUUUCUCGAGAUCUAGAAGAUAUUGAAUCUAGUAUCAAUCCAAUCAACGACUUCUUGGAUCUCUCACUUGUCGAUUCGGCAUUCGAAUUCGCUUUCAAUGUCGAUACAAGCAUUACAUUCCCAUCAUCAUCAGCAGAUGAGCUUUUUUCCGGUGGUAAAAUCUUGCCCACUUCCAUACAAAAGGAAGAAAUCAAGAAUAAUGAAGUAUUACAAGAAAAGGCAGUAACGCCCUGUUUGGAUCCUCUGGCUGCGACAUUAACAGAAGUAAGAAAAAAGAGCUUGAAAGAGUUCUUAGAAGAUAGCAUAGAAGAGGAAGACGAAGACGAAGACUCAAACAAUGCAACUGCUGCUAAAUCAUUUUGGAAAUUUAGGAGAAGUAAUAGUCUCAACUGUGAUAGAGAUCAGAGAAAAGGGUUAAUUGGGUCUUGGAAAAUAUUAUCUAGGAGUGGAUCAACAGGCAAGUUUUUAGAAAAAAUAGUGGAGGAAGGGAAGCCCAAUAAUAGUUACCAUUCAAAGUUACUUAGGAAAUUCACCAGAAAUAACAGCCUAAAUUCUGAGAAUAUUACUUGUAAUGUUUCUAACAAUGUUUUACCUGGGUCAUCAAAGAUCUUGAGGAGGAGCCAUUCAACUAGUGAUCAUUAUUUGGCGAAAUCGGAUUUGGAGACGUUUAGGCGGAGUAAUUCAACAGGUUCUGCACUAGUUGGUAAUGGAAACAAGCUGAAGAAGCAAUACUGUCUCAAACAGCAACAAAAUCAAUUUGUUGAGAAUAGCAAAUCAAUUCCAAAAGGAAAGGUGAAGCAUAACUGUAGAGGUUAUGGAUAUGGUAAUCAUUGUAAUAACAAUUUAAGGAUAAGUCCAGUGUUAAAUCUUCCAUCUUCAUACAUAUCUAAAGUUAGUGUAGAUUUGUUUAGUUUUGGUUCAUUAUUUUGUAAUGGUACUACUGCCAAGCAUAGAAAGAGGAAAAAUGAUACUCCUAUUUAGUAAUUUUCUAUGUAUAGCCAUUUCUUGUGCAUGCCCACGAGCGUGUCUAUAAAUGAAAUUAGAUACUCUUUUACCA